AAAAUUUCCAUAUGGCAAUGCCUUGAAUGUCAACUGCAACCAACUUCGUGUUUCCUUUUCUCUUUCUUUCGAAACGUGGAAAACAUCAAUAUUGGUUGGUUUUCUCGUAAUUUUUUACAAAAAUAAUUUUGCAAUAUGCCCCGCGAAAUCAAAGAAGUUAAGGAUUUCCUGAACAAGGCCCGUCGUGCCGAUGCUCGUGCCGUCAAAAUAAAGAAGAACCCCAGCAACACCAAAUUCAAGAUUCGUUGCUCCCGUUUCUUGUACACCUUGGUCGUUCAAGACAAAGAGAAGGCCGAGAAAAUCAAGCAAUCCCUUCCCCCAGGCUUGCAAGUUAAGGAAGUCAAGUAAAUUCGCUAUGCUUGACCCCCCACCCUGCAAAAUUAUUCUAUAGUUGUUGUUUUGUGUAUGCCAAGUGAUGACGGACAGACAAUGUUUGUCCAUUGGAACUGGGAGGAGUGUGAAUAACUGAGGUGUAUAAAUAUUAAGAAAUUCAUCUGGGAAGCUGUAUUUGUUUUUAAAAUGCUGGAUUAUUUCCAACGUGAAUGAUAACAACAACAAGUAGCACCUUAGUAAGCAGAUUUUUUUGUAAAAAACAUUCUUCAUUAAAUGAUACAACAACAAUGUUGUAAUAAUUUAAAAAAUAAA